AUGGAAGGCUUAGAGGAAAGAAAUCGUGUCCUCAAUGAGGAGGUUGAACAACUCAAGGAACAAAUGGCUAGAAUGCUUGAGGCCAUGAACAAAUUGCAGCACGAUAAUAGUACUAGCAAUGUCGGCGACAUUUCCAAAGAUCAUCUGAACGCUUGGGAAGAAAGACUGAGAGCCGUGGAAGGCCACAAUUUUGACGUUCAAGAGGCUGCGGAUAUGUGCUUGGUGCAAGAUAUCCAAUUCCCUGCCAAGUUCAAAAUACCUGACUUCCAAAAGUACAUCGGAGCCAGUUGUCCAAAAGGACAUUUAACAAUGUACUGUACGAAGAUGGCAGCCUAUGUGAGCAACGAAAAGCUCCUGAUACACUAUUUUCAAGAAAGCCUUUCAGAUGCUGCUCUCAACUGGUACAUGCAGUUGGAUGGAGGGAAGAUCCAGACAUGGAAACAGUUAGCCGACGCCUUUCUUCGUCGGUACAAGUACAACAUUGACCUAAUUCCUGAUAGGUCUGAUUUGCAAAACUUGAGCAAGAAGGGCGACGAGUCCUUCAAAACCUAUGCACAAAGAUGGAGAGAAAUGGUUGCGCAAAUGAUAGGGAACACUUCAACUCUCUUUGCCGACAUAGUCACUAUCGGGGAUAGAGUCGAGCAAGGUCUAAAAAGUGGGAAGAUAGGAAAAUUUCCUGAAAGCCAAGGGUAUAAGAAGACUUUUGGGGGAAAUGAAAUCAAUGUUCUAACCUCUUCCGCUACUCCUCGAACGACCAAAACUUCACCAAAAGCUGAAAGGGAACUUGAUAAAAUUCCUAUAAGCUACACAGAGUUAUUCCCUCAAUUGGUGAAGGCAUCCAUGCUGGUAAGAACUCCACCACAAAGAAAGUAG